AUGAAUAAAGCUGAAAAGAAACCCGCCGGUAAGGCCCCCGCCAAGGCAGCUAUUAAGAAGUCUGAUGCCACCUCAGAUUUGAAGCGCAAAAAGUCUCGUCAUGAAACUUACUCCACCUAUAUCCUCAAGGUCUUGCGCCAGUGUCACCCCGAUGUCAACAUUUCCAAAAAGGCCAUGUCGAUUAUGAAUUCCUUUGUAAAUGAUAUCUUUGAGCGCAUUGCUGCCGAGGCUUCCAAGCUCUCUGCUUACAACAAGCGAUCCACUAUAACCUCCAGAGAGGUUCAAACUGCAGUUCGUCUGAUUCUUCCAGGCGAGCUUUCAAAGCACGCUGUUUCUGAGGCCACCAAAUCGGUCUCAAAAUACACAGGCCAGAAAUAA